AGACAGCCCAGGCAGCAGCAGCUGACAGAGCUUCCUUCCUCCUGGGGAGCAGAAGAGAUCCUCCCUUGGGGCCGUGAGAGAAGGGGAGAGCCUGAAGAGGACAGGACAGUGGCUGCAGCUGAUUUUGGGGUGCAAGGUGUGCAAGAGCUGCAUCUGGCUGAUCUCUGAGGCUUUCCUGCACCAGACACUGCCAGCCCACAUCCCCCAGCCAAGCCCUCUGCUGCAAGCAUGGACAUCGUGGAGAGGGUCCUCUCUGUGGCCCAGGCCAUCCAUGCCCAGUUCGAGCAGGUGAAGUGCUGUAAGCACCAGUGCCAGCGCCUCGUGGAGCGCAUCCAGAUUCUGCUGGAGCCCGUGAGGAUCCUCAGGGCUCAGCCACGACAGCACAUCUCCCACCACGAAGAGGAACUGAUGAAAAAGCUGCUCCGGGCACUGGAGGAAGCCCAGAAACUGGUGAUGAAAUACAGCCAGACAAGCUGGAUCCAGAAGUUCCUGCGAGCCCGAAGCACUGGCGAGGAGUUUGUCUGGGUGAAUGAAAGCCUGGAGGACAUUGCCCAGGGGCUCUCGCUCCUGCUGCAGGCAGAGCAGAAGCAGGCUUUCCUGGAAGCUUUCCAGUCAAAGACGUGUCGCAGGCAGGACGCUGAGGACCUGAGGGAUGACAGAGCUUUCUUGGACCAGGUGAUUGCAAGUACUGAGGAGCCCAAAGAUGCACUUGAGGAGAUCUACAUCGACAGGGAGCAUAUGGAGAGCAAGAUGGACUGGAUGAAAAGCGAGCUGAACAAAGUCAUUCGUGAGAUGGAGCGCUUGAAGAAGGUCAACGUUGGCAAAAGAGAAGACAUCACUGAGAUCAAGCGAGACCACCUCACUUUCCACAGGCACCUGCAGGACACAGAGAGCUACGACCUCUACGAGGGCGAGUACCUCAAGUACCCUGUUGCCAUCAAAACCUUCAAGAGGCCUCUGACCACUGACCCAGUCAAGGUGAGAGACAUCUUUGAGAAGGAGAUUCAGACCCUGAAGAAGUUUGAGUCUCCAAACAUCCUCCGCAUGUACGGGAUCUGCAUUGAGGAGAACGAUGGGAGCCCCUGCUUCUCCAUCGUCAUGGAGUACUGUAAGCACGGGACGCUGCGGGACGUGCUGAGCAAGCAGCAGCAGCUUUCCUGGGAUAUCCGCAUCCGGAUGGCCCUGGGAGCUGCCAGAGGCCUCUACAGGUUGCACCAGACAGGGGAGAAGUCCCGACUCCAUGGCUGCAUCUGCAGCAGCAAGUUCCUGGUGGCUGGGGAUUACUGUGUGAAGCUGUCAGGAUUUGAGCUGUGUGAAACAGAAUCAUCCAUCAAGAGGAAAGCCAAGAAGGACUGGAAACAAGUCUCUAUGUUGGCCUACAUCGCUCCAGAGAACCUGAAAGACAUCAACUACCCUUACAAGAGGCCCUGUGAAAUAUACAGCUUUGGGAUCGUUCUGGCAGAGAUUGCAACCUCCAAAAUCCCAUUUGAAGGCUGCACUCCUGAGGAGAUCGUGGAGAAAAUCUGCAAUCACCAUCCCUGGGACCCUCUUGGGGAAGAUUGUCCUGAAGAUCUGAGGAAAAUCAUUGAACAGUGCCAGGCCUUUGACCCUUCCCAACGCCCUUCUGCUGAGGAGAUUGUGGACUCGCUGGCUGACCUGGAGAAAAGCAGAAACCAAGGAAGUUAACUGUGGAAAAGGGGCCGGGUGCCCAGGGUGCCCUGGCCCCUGUGCCCCCUGGCAGGGACCGAGGGCUCGGUGCUCCUGUGCUGUUUCUGUGUGUGACACCCUCGGGGCCGCGCCUGGGAGGCAGCUGGGGAGAGAGAGAGGUGACCCAAGAGAGGCUGCCAAGAAGCCUGGGGGAGCAGAGGGAUGGAACACGGCUUCUUUUAGGAGAAGAGUGAGGGAGAUGAGCCUGUUCAGCCCCGAGGAGAGACGGCUGAGAGGGGACGCCACCAGCGCUGUCCCUGCUCGAAGAGGCUGAGGAGGGACCAGGCUGUGCUGGGUGCAGCCCGGCAACAGGACAAGAGCCACGGGGCAGAAAAUGAUGCACAGGAACCUGCACUGGAAUAUGAGGAAGAGCUCCUUUCCUGUGGGGGUGAUCACACUGCAACAUUGCCCAGAGUUGCUGAGGAGUUCUCCUCGCCGGCGAUACCCCAGCAACACCCGGAUGCAAUCCUGUGAAGGCGCUCCGGGACAAUCCUGCCUGCGCAGGGAGCCGGGAUCACAGACUCACCGCGCUCGCUUCCAGCCUGACCCACCCUGGGCUCCUCCUGCCCGCCGCUGCCCA